CUCGGAGAGUAGCUCCAGCACAGAUGUCGUUCCCCGGGUUUACCUGCCAGACUCAUCCUCCAUCGCCCAAUCCACCUUGGUCUCCAGUGUCUCCACUGUGAGCCAGUCCAUCAUGGUGUCAGAGUCCCCACAAGUCCUGGUCCACUCCAGUGUGGUCACUGAUGGAGCCACAGUCGUGUCAGACUCCACUGCAUCCACUUCCUCGGACCUGGGCUCUGCCAUUGACAAAAUCAUUGAGUCCACGAUCGGGCCGGACAUCAUCCAGAGCUGCAUCGCCGUGACCAGUGCAGAGGAUGGAGGGGCAGAGACCACCCAGUACCUCAUUCUGCAAGGCCCUGAUGAUGGUGCUCCCAUGGUGUCCCAGGUGGCUACAUCUGCUCUGGCCAGUAGUUUGGUGAUAGAAGCUGUUGCUGAUGGACCUACCUCCACGUGCCUUGAGCAGCCCGGCCCUUCAGGCCCAUCCAAAAGGUUGGAAGUGAUGGAGGUGCCCAUAAAGCCAGAGCAGGAUCAAGAGGAGGAGGAGCUGAACCAGCCAGACAUGGAGACCCUGGAGGAGAUGAUGGAGGUGGUGGUGGUGCAGCAGUUCAAGUGCAAGAUGUGUCAGUACAAGAGCGUCUCCAAGAAAACACUGAUUAACCACAUGAAAGAACGUCACUUCCAGCCAGUGGGUUCAGCUCUGGCUUUGAAAAAAGGGCGACCACGAAAAGGGGGAGCUACUCCAAAGACGGAGGAGGAGGAGGAGGCCCCGGAAGAAGAAGAUGAUGAUAUCAUGGAUGCUGGUGCUAUUGAUGACCCUGAAGAGGACAGUGACUACAACCCAGCUGAGGAUGAGCCGCGGGGGCGACAGCCCAAGUACGGCCGCAGUGUCCCCACGUCCAGCGAGGAGAGGCCGCGCCGACGCCCAGGGAGACCCCGCAAGCUCCCUCGCCUGGAGAAUAUGCCUCAGGAUGUGCCAGAAGGAGGGGAAGUGGAGCCCCUGGUGACGUCCCAAGGCACACCGAGCCGUGAGCUGCAGAAGUCGGAGGCAUCCAGUUCCUCUGGCCUGGAGAAUGGGACCGGUGAGAGCCUGGCGGAGCCAAGCAUCAGCCAGUCCGACUCUGAGAACAAGGACCCUUCCUCCAACGCGGGUGCUGAGGAGGCAGACGCUGUCCCUCGGCGGCGCGGGCGGCCCUCCCGCCGCUUCCUGGGCAAGAAAUACCGCAAGUACUACUACAAGUCCCCCAAGCCCCUGAUGCGGCCGUACCUGUGCCGGAUCUGCGGCUCGCGGUUCCUCACACACGACGAUCUGCGCUUCCACGUCAACUCGCACGAGGCCAACGACCCACAGCUCUUCAAGUGUCUGCAGUGCAGCUACCGCUCCCGGCGCUGGUCCUCCCUCAAGGAGCACAUGUUCAACCAUGUGGGCAGCAAGCCCUACAAGUGUGAGGAGUGCAAUUACACCAGCGUGUACAAGAAGGAUGUCAUCCGGCACUCCACGGUGCACAGCCGGGACAGGAAGAAGAGAGCUGAUCCGCCACCAAAGCUGAACUCCUUCCCGUGCCCCGUCUGCAACCGCGUCUACCCCAUGCAGAAGAGGCUUACGCAGCACAUGAAGACACACAGCACAGAGAAGCCUCACAUGUGUGACAAGUGUGGGAAGUCCUUUAAGAAGCGCUACACCUUCAAGAUGCACCUGCUGACACACAUCCAGGCCAUCGCCAACCGCAGGUUCAAGUGUGAGUUCUGUGACUAUGUCUGCGAGGACAAGAAGGUCCUUCUGAACCACCAGCUGUCACACAUGAAUGACAAGCCCUACAAGUGCAGCAUCUGCAAGUAUUCCACCUUCCGGGAGGACUUCCUGGUCUCGCACAUGGCGGUCAAGCACACAGGAGGGAAGCCGUUCGCUUGCGAGUUCUGUCACUUCACCACCAAGCACAAGAAGAACCUGCGCCUGCACGUGCAGUGCCGCCACGCCGACUCCUUCGAGGAGUGGGCUCAGCGGCACCCCGAGGAGCCGCCCUGCCGCCGCCGCCCCUUCUUCACCCUGCAGCAGAUCGAGGAGCUGAAACAGCAGCACAACCAGGUGCAGGCACCAGCCGAGCCGGAGGCCAGCCCACAGGCACCUCUUGGCCCCCUCACCUGCCACACGGUCCAGGCCGUCACAGGAGCAGAACCCCCUGUCCUCUCACAGAGUUCCCUGGAAGGGGCCACCAUCAUCUAUGAACAAGAUGUGGCUGGAUCAGCAGAGCUGGCCACACAGACAGCCCUGGAUCUGCUGCUGAACAUGAGCGCCCAGCGAGAGCUGGCCACAGGCUCACUGCAGGUGGCAGUGGUGAAGCCAGAUGACCCAGAAGAGACGCCAGGCCCCUGUGAGCCACAGGCACAGGAGGAGGAGGCGAAGGUGGACUCAAAGGAGCAGCAGCAGCAGAAAUUGGUGAUGCUGCACAUGGCAGAGCCUGGGCAGACACUGGUGCAGGAGGCUUACAGGGAGGCAAGCCUGGGUGGCUCGGAGCUGCAGCAGAUCACCAUCCCCUUUGGCGGGACAGCAGAGUACAGCAUCAUUGCACCCAUCAGUGAGGAGAUCCAGACCCCUGGCACGCUGUACAGUGAGGAGGAGAGCCCUGUGGAGACCUCCCACGCAGUUGUGGUGAGCGGGGCUGUGAUGACGGAGGAGGCUCUGAAGGACCAUAACAAUCAUUACAUCAUGUCAUCCAGUGUCCCAGGGAGCCAGUUCCAGACUGUGGAGGUAAGGAGCUGGGGAUGCUGCAGUUCCCUCGCCUGUGGAGGGCCAGGAGGCUCAGCCCGCCGAUGUCAAGUGGCCCCUGGUGCAGUGUGUCACCAGGCAGCUCCAGAAGGACUCAUCUUUAUCCCCAGCCUCCGAGGGGCAGGAAGUCUCAUCCCCAAAGGUCAAGUGGCCUGUACUCCAAGGCAUGGCCAAGAAGCUCUCGUGCAAAGUUUCCACAGCCAAGAAGCUCUCGUGCAAGAUUUCCACAGCCAAAAAGUUUUCAUGCAAGAUUUGCACAGCCAUGUUCACAGGGAGAGCAGAGAUGGAGAGUCACAAGAGAGCCACAUUGGGCCCAGCACCUUCAAGUGUCCUGACUGUAACUUCACUGCCACGCUCUGGCCGGAGGUCCGGAGCCACAUGGUCCAGCACGCCAGUCUCCGGCCACACAAGUGCCCCCACUGCAGCUUUGCCUCCAAGAACAAGAAGGACCUGCGCAGGCACAUGCUGACCCACACCAACGAGAAGCCCUUUGCGUGCCACGUCUGUGGGCAGAGGUUCAACCGUAAUGGGCACCUCAAGUUCCACACGCAGCGUUUGCACAGCUCUGAGGGGAAGAGGCCAGGGCCUGCUGCUGCCCAGCAGACCAUCAUCCUGAACAGUGACGAGGACACCCUGGCCACCCUGCACACAGCUCUGCAGGCCGGCCAGGCCGUGCUGGCUCCUGAGGCUGCAGCAGGCCCUGGGGCAGGAGCACAUCCUUGUCACACAGGAGCAGAGCGUCACCAGCCCAGCCCCCCUGACCACAUGGGGCACUUACUGACCUUGCAGGAGGAAGCAGCCUACAUCCAGGAGAUCACAACUGCAGACGGGCAGACAGUACAGCACUUAGUGACCGCUGACAACCAGGUUCAAUACAUUAUUGCCCAGGAAGGCGUCCCACACUUGCUUCCCCAGGAGUAUGUUGUUGUCCCAGAGGGACAUCACAUCCAGGUACAGGAUGGUCAGAUCACCCACAUCCAGUAUGAGCAGGGCAGCCAGUUCCUCCCGGAGUCGCAGAUCCAGUACAUGCCCGUGUCACCUGAGCAGCAGCUCGUCACCCAGGCACAGCUGGAAGCAGCGGCACACUCGGCUGUCUCAGCAGUGGCAGAUGCAGCGAUGGCCCAGGCCCAGGGCAUCUUCAGCGCUGAGGCGGCGGCCGAGCAGAUCCAUCAGCUGCAGCCGGGCAUCCACUACGACGUGAUCACGCUGGCAGAGUAGCACCGGGCAGGGCUGAGCACCGGGCAGGGCUGAGCACGGCGCUGGGCAGGCGGCCACGCCGGCAGCAGCCCCAGCCAGCAGUUGCCUUAUUGCGUCAGGGACGCGAGGGACGCGCCCGAGCCGGAGCGGCACAGACAUGGACACGCUGCCGCUCGGCCCCGUGCCAGUGGGGUCCUGUGCAUCCCCCCAGAGACUGUUCAGCAGCUGCAGGGGCAGCCCGUGUGUGGAUGGUCUCUUUGCCUGUUGCACUCGAUGGUCUGAAACCCCUUCUCCUGAAUUAUCUGUGUGUGCAGCCACAGAUCGGUGUCUGCCCAGCACAUGAGGGUCCUGGGGGAGCCGUGGGGCCGAGCACAGCUGUGUGGUGUGAUGUGAGAGGCGAGGUGUGUGCAGCCACAGCACCAUGCUCCCCACAGCCAUGGGGCCUGUGGUCCCACUGUGCCAGCAGCCAACCCUCCCGUGGCAUCUCCAGCCUGCAGGCAGGCAGCAACAGGGCUCUGGACUGGAGAAACCUAAGGAGGAGGAGGAGGCAGAGGUGGUAGAUGCUCUAUUUUUCUUCUGAAGAGGGGAUGAACUCUGGUGUUGGUUGUCGGUGGUUGUGGGAGGGGUUCAGCUGUGACAUUCUCAAGCUUUGACUACGCUUAUGAAUAAAAAGGGAUGGAGA